UCCCCUCUCUCACCCGCCCGCCCCCGGCUCCUCCUGCGCUCGCCCCGGCACCGAUUGUUGACAAAAGACGCCGUGAGAGAGACGGAGGAGGCCAGAGCCGCUGCUGGUGUGGCCGAGGUGAUUCGGAGUCAGCGGGACCUCGCAGCAGCAGCAGCAGGCCGGUGGGAAGCGGACUCCCCCAAACGCCUCCUGCCUUCUCCCCUUUCCCCCCCUCCUCCUCCCCGCCUCCCCCUCCGUUGAAGACGUCGCCGCGGCUGGGAUUUUAUAGACAAAAGCGGAGGCUGGAGAUGCGACUGUGAGCGGAGGAGGAAGCAGCGGCGGCGGCGGCCUUGUGCGGGUCUAUUCAUCCCGGGAAUGGUGUGAGCUGAGACGGCCAGGCAGUCUGGAUCUGACCGGGGACUCGUCGUUCCCCCGGAGCCUCCGCGGCUCGAAGCCGCGACCCGAGCCCUCCAAGAUGGGGAAGUGUGACGGCAGAUGCACGCUGCUGGUGAUCUGCUCCCUGCAGCUGGUGGCGGCCCUCCAGAGGCAGGUGUUUGACUUCCUGGGCUACCAGUGGGCUCCCAUUCUGGCUAACUUCCUGCACAUUAUGGCCGUCAUCCUGGGCAUGUUCGGCACUGUGCAGUUCCGCUUCAGAUACCUCAUUUUUUAUGCAGUAUGGCUGGUCCUUUGGGUUGGAUGGAACUCCUUCAUUAUUUGUUUCUACCUGGAAGUGGGAAACCUGUCUCAGGACAGGGACUUUCUCAUGACUUUCAACACGUCCCUCCAUCGUUCGUGGUGGAUGGAGCACGGCCCCGGCUGCCUCGUGACGCCCGUGCUGGACUCCCGCAUUGCCCCCGACGACCAUCACGUCAUCACGGUGUCGGGAUGUCUGCUCGACUACCAGUACAUCGAGGUGUUGAGUUCGGCCAUUCAGAUCCUUUUGGCGCUCUUUGGCUUCGUGUACGCCUGCUACGUGAGCAAAGUCUUCCAGGAUGACGAGGACAGCUUCGAUUUCAUUGGUGGGUUUGACUCGUACGGCUACCAGCCACCUCAGAAAUCCUCUCAUCUGCAGCUACAGCCUCUUUACACGGCUGGUUAAGUGUCUGUAGCGCCCCCUGGAGGCCCAAACCUGAAGUUGUCACUGUGGAUGGAAAGAAAGAAAGAAGAGGCAGGUCCCCCCCCCCCCCCCCCCCCUCCUAAAUUACACUCACUCUUUUGUGUCACAGUUUACCCUAGAAGCGGACUUUUGACCCCAGGAGGAGAGCCGUGAGAGCGUGCCUGCGUGUGUGUGGUUGUGUCUGAGGAAGGAAGAUAAAUUCAGCCCUGAAGCGAAGGUUGCAGAGCUCAGGGACGAACCAGCAUGCCAGGCGGAAGAGGAGCUGGAGGGAGAAGAGAAGAUCCGCUAAAAACUGCCAGCUCUAAACGCUUCCUCCUGAGUCGGCCUGUGUGUAUGUGUGUGUGUUGUGUGUGUGAGAUACGAUUGUGCAACUCUGAGCUGGUACUUUCUGGUUGUACUCUGGACUCUAUGACCACUUUGCGCCUCCGUGUGUGUUGGUUUUCUCGUCCGGGUGAAUGCUCCUGUGCGCGGAUGCGUUGGAGUCACGUAAUGAACCGAGGCACGGCUCGUACCUGUUGUUGUUCUUAGAGCGUGAUGUUGAGCUAGAGCAGUCCUGCAGUUUCCUCUUCCCAAAGCUGUCUUUCCUCCUCCCCAUGCUGCUGCAGCCCAGGCCCAAAAGAGGGCGUCAGUCACAACCCCCUUCGACCAGGGGUGUCCAAACUUUUUGUCUCAAGGACCAAAAUUAUCCAUCCAAAAGUAAUCUAGGGCAAAAUUUUUUAUUUAUUUUUCCCACUUCCACUAAAUUAUAAAAUCAUGCAAUAUUUUAAUUAAACAAAUUAGUUAGACUUUCUGUGGGAAUGGGGAUGUGUAAAUCAUUGUAGAUCCAGAACUUGAAAACGGGUUUUGCACAGUUGCCUCAUUAAAAGACCAGUUUGCAAAUUCUUUGGGGCUCGACUGAAAAAAUAAAAAUGGAAAACAAAAAAAAAAGGCUUUUCAGGACAGGAUUUGUGUCAGUCUUUCUCUGAAAACACUGGCUGCGUUUAGCCAAUUUAAAUAAAUUCAUUAAAUGCAUUUAUGCAAGUCCAGAUGCGGUCCUAUUCACUAUAAAAGGGAAAGUAAAUUAAAAGACAAACAAUUCGUGUUGGACCUAAAAUCUUCCUCUUUAAGGAUGAUUUUAGUUUCUCUCUAGUAAUUUUGCCAUAAUUGAACAUAAAAAGUCUCCAUCUGCAUCAACCUCCUGUGCUGGUGGGCCAACUGGUUCUUGAGCUGCAUUUGGAGGGACUCCACGC